GACCUGUACUUUGUCCCAGUGAAAGUAAAUCUCUAAGGAAGGGGAAAGAAAAAAAUCAACACAAAUCAAUAUUUUGAUGUGCCCUCCUCCCUGAUAUGAGAUCUUAAACAGCUGUGAGUGUGAAGAAUCUAACUCAUAAUUCUGGUUAUUCUGAUCCCUAACUGCAUCAAGGCACCGAUGUGCUGAGGCUCACAGCAUCCAAUGGCAAGGUGUGCUGGCAGUUAUGGUGCCUGCUUUGCUGCAGGAUGCUCUCACCUACAGGCUGAAUGCUUUGUCUCCUGGAAAUAUUGCCUGGGAUGCCCUCCAUUCACCUCAGCACUGCACUGACUGACAGCCCCCCUUCAUAGCACUGCUGCGAGGUAAGCCAGUGAGUCAGGGAUUGUUGUUUCUGUGGGGAUCCUACAAUUAGCAUUUCUCUGGUCUGCUUUCUUUGCCACCAAAUCUUCCAUGGGUUUUAGCAGUAACCUUGCUAAGAGGAAUGGUUUGAUGAUACUUUGUAGGAUCCUAAGAUGACUGCACCUUCUUCUUCAUCCUUGUAAGUGUGUCUGACAUUGAUCAGCUUGCAGUCAUAGCCAGCUGUUGCUGCUCCACUGGCAUUUCUCUGCAGCUAGCUUCAAACAGUUGUUCUUGCCUUUUACACGUGGACUCCUCUGAGUCCUGGCCUGUUUUUUUCAGCUGAAGGCUGUCUUGUUCCUUGUUGACAUUAUGGUGGUCCAAACUACUAAGAAGUGCUUCUCAGGGGUUAAAAGUUUAGGCAGAGGCAGAAGAGUGCAGUUCUGACUAAGUGUUGAGAAAGUGGUGACAACCAAAGUGACUCAACUGCCUUUUGAACUCAGUUCUCAGCUAAGGAGUCUCAUGUUUCUACGUUAAGCGUAAAUAGAAAGAAGGUAGAGACUUUUUGGACAUGGUAAAGGUUGCUUUUUGGUGAUGAUGCUGAAGGUAGGUGAUGAUAGCCAGCCUACCUUUUGAUAGCCACAGCCCAGACAUUAUUCCCGUUUAGCUUGUCUGGUCUGAGGAUAGGAAGAGUGAUAAAGAGCACCAGAGUGAUCGUCAGCCACGGGAAAAAUCACCUAUCUCAUGGUACCCACAGUGGCAGCUUACCCUACUCUUGGUCUGAACCGAGCUGGAACUGCCAUAGAAUAUCCUAAGUUGUAAGGGACCCAUAAGGAUCAUUGAAUCCAAAUCCUGGCUCCUCAUGGCUUCACCCAAAAAUCGGACCAUAUGGCUGAGAGUGCUGUCCAGAUGUUUCUUGAACUCAGUACCAUGACUGCUGCCCUGGGGAGCCUGGAUGUUUAAUGCAUUCACAGGACAGAGUGAGUAGUUUCUGGUUUUCUGGAGCACCAGCAUGUUGUAUCUGGAAUCGGAGUCACAGAAAUGCAGCCUGCACUUCCACCUGCAACUGGGUUAGUGAGGAAAGUGGUGAAAACAGGAUGCACCCUCAAAGAAACCCCAAACAAGCAGGUCAUAAACACGUCAAAAAUUGACAUCUAACUCACAAACAAGUCUGAUCAUUUUAAUUACUGUGUGCUCAUGGCGGAGGCCAGAAGCAGACACAUGCUGUAUGGGGAGCUCCACGGGAACAUGGCACAGCUGCUGGCCAGAGGACACCUAUCACACCAAGAGCCAAUUCUGGCCACAGCCUCCCAUAAACAGACCAAGCAGGGAACAGGGGAAAAUCAGUAUUUUUUUCCAGAGGGGUGUGUGUGUAUUUCAAUUCAGAUUCAGUGUGAGCACAGCACAGUUUUGGCUGUGAAAAAUGAAACUUUGAGGUCAGCCCCAGAAGAGGGUGUAACCCCAAGCUAUGUUCUAUUUCUGCAAAAUCUUUCCAGCACUGAUGAGCGUAUCAAGCCGAGCUCAACUCUGUCGCUAAUAUCUGGGAUAAGCAGGGAGUUAAAAGCUCUCUACCAAGUUGUGUCUUAAAUUAAACACCUUGGAGAAAGAAGGCGUAAGAAAUGCUAGUGGUCUUUAUUUUUCACUUACGUUAAACAAACAAAAAUUCUGCAAUUCAAGUUCUUUUGGCAGGAGUGAAAGCAACAUGUUUGCGAGGAAAGCAGUGGUUCUCACUUUCAUAAUGAUAUGAGCUGAAGGGAAAUUACAGGAUUUGCUUUGAGGCUCAUUAUGUGUGGACAGCACUAAGCGUGGGUAUGAACAGGGUACACGAUUGGACAGAAAUGUGGAAAGAUGUGUAACGUUCAAGCUAUUAUGGCCUAGUUCCCACUGUGGUGGACAAAAAUGUCAUUUUUGCAAUGACAAUAAAUGGGGCAUGGCAGAAAGAAAAUAACCAACAGGAUUAACAACAGCCCAUGCUCUGGUUUCUGAGAUUUAAGAUUUAAGAUUUUUUCCCUGGUCUUGUUUGCUUCCCUGAGGGGUUUCAUCUCCCAGCUACAAACCAGCUGAGCACUUUGCCUGAUUUUAAUGCACAUCCUGUAUGGGUGGAAAUCCCUGUCCUUACCCUCUUCCUUCCAGUGAUGGAAGAACACUGGGGCAGGUUUUGCUGUUGAGCAGAAGGCAUUAGCAGCACCGGCUGCUUCCCUAUGGCCGCACUUGGCCCUGAGGCCACAGUGAUGACAGUGUUGAAGGAUGGUACCAAUGACAGCUGAGUUCAGCCCAGAGUCUGUCCCAGUUGUUGCUGUUCUCUUAGUUACUUUUUCCUUUUAAUUACUAAUUAAUUACUUAGAGCUAGACCUCAAUGGCAUUGUGGAAAUUUUGCUGGGGAUGAGUGAAACCAGCAUCAGCCGUACAGCAGUUCAGCAAAGAUCGUGGUGUUUGGGCUUCCUAAAGAGAAGGGAACAUAAAUGUGAUUUGCAUGCCAGCUUGCAGAGAAGAAGACACACACGAUGUGCAGAUUCAUGCAUUUAUCCACCACUUAUCCCUUCUUUCCUCUUCAGAAUUUCUGUGCGCUCUCACACAAGGUGUGCCACCAGCAAAGGGAUCCUGCUGUUACCUGCAAUCCUGCCCUAUGCUUCCCUGGUUUCACAAGGUGACUCUGCACCCUCCUGCACAUGCCAGCCUGCCCUGAUGCGUUCAGACACAUCCUCUGGAUCCACUCAGUUGCCACUGGCAAGUGGCACUACAUCACCGAGUGUCUGUAGCCAAGGGCCAACUCAGAGCAAGAAGAAUGGGACCCGGUACCUCACUCCCUGGGCACACUGGUGGCUCCCUGGGUGACCCUGUUCUUGUUUGGGGAUUUUUUUUCACGGUGAUUGUUUUUUUUUAAUUGGGAUGCGACCAUGCUGGCAGCAGCCCCUGCUUUUUUUUGGUGCAUCUCAGUUGGAAAUAGUGAUAAAAGAAGGAGCAUACCAGUGUUAUUGAAGGAGCAUACCAGAAAAGUCAACAGCAAGAAAAACAUUAAAAAUUAAAAAAGAACAAAAAACAAAAAACAAAAAAAAACAUCUGUGUUUGAGCCACCAUGCAAACCACAGAGAGAACAGCCGCUCACAGGUUUGAUUGGGCCUGGGUCCAGGAGCACACACCCAACGCAGCCUACAAAGCCUGGGGCUCAGCGUGGCUGCGCAGAGCAGGGCGUGCAGCGGUGCGGCCGACCUCCCCACAGCGACCACCGACAGUACGAGCCCAGCCCGAUUUCCCACUGCCUCUGCAUUUACUGUGAUGUGAGUGAGCCUGUGUGCUGCAACACAGCUGGAGCCAGGUGGGUACAGGAACAGGAUGGGGAUGGGGGCUUUGCAGUGUGUGACAGAUGAGAACAUUUUCUACCAGUUAACGCAGCCCUGUCCAUCAUCAUUCAUAUGUACAAAGCUAUAGCUGGUCUUUAUUUCUUAAAUAUGUCUGAAUAUUUAAAUGUACGUGUUACAUAGAUGCAUUUCUUUUCAGCCUGUUUUUGCUGGUGUGAAUUCUGAGCCACGCAGUGGCGUUGUUAUGCUUUGGCCAUGUGCUUUCCAUGGCAGGCUGCUUUGGAUAGAUGGCAAACAACAUAUAGUUUGAGUUCUGCACUUCAGAAAUUGUGCAUCAGGGCAUGGAUGACAUUGUUCCAAAUUGAGAUCUGUAAUUGAUCUUCCAGGGGCCAACGUAAUCCUCCAUGUAAUUCUGUGUCUUGGUAGAAAAUUAAAGAAACUAUGAGCACACACUUGUAGCUAUUUUUAUUUCUUCAAUCUCCUCUCAGUGCUCUGCACUGAGACUACUGUUCUUUCAUUGAAAAGGACUUGUGCUGAAAAUCUCACUUCAUAUUCACUGAAGUUACUGCAUGGAGACAGAAAUGAAAGGCUUGGUUCCUAGUUUGUGCUUUCAAUAUCCAAAAACUUUAUAUUUUGGGCUAAAUUCCAAAACCUCACAAAUAUUUGCUGCAAACAUCCUAUGCUGGGUAGUGCACAGCCAACAUGAGUGCAGGAUGCAGAGGUGACCCGCUUGCUGCAUCAGCUCCUGCCCAGUUAGCACUGGGGACGGUACUUUUGGCUGGUGCAUGGGAGAAACCCAAGAGAAAGCACCUGAAUGUGGGCUGUUCCCCCAGGGAAAGGCUGAGCUCAGUGGUGGCUGUGUGACCUGGCUCAUCUGACUUUUGUGAUGGCUCCUGUACAAAGCAAUCUGCAGCAAAAAGCAGGCUUUCUAGUGUCUGGGGGCAUAACAAGCUGCUGUGAGGGGCUCAGCGAGGAGCAUGGCUGCCCACAGAUAGGAGAUGCUGCAGGCAGAGUGCAGGGGAUGCAAAUAGCUUAGUGCUGCAAGCCACCCCUAGAAGGCAGGUGCUUUUCCUUGCUAGUUGCUAGACAAUUCGUGAGAGACGUUAAACAUUCUCAUGAAGUUAUGGCGCUUUCAGAUGGCUUUCUUUUUUGAUGUGCGCACUGGGGACUGUACAUCUUAUUAAAAAUGAAAUCACACUGACCCUAGUAAGUCAAAGGGUGUAAUCAGCACAGCAGCAGAGAGAAGCUGAAGCCCUAAUUUACCCUUAGCUUUUCCUGCAUUAAGGAUCUUUUCUGCCUCUCUAUUAGCAAAAUGGAAACAUCUCAGAGACAUUGGUUUCUGCUUGGUUUGCCCACCUACCAGCCAGACACAUCUAGGAGGGUUAAAAAGCAUCAGUUCAGAAAGCUAGCUGAGAAUCCCACUGAGGUUUAUAUUAAAAUAAAAUAAUCGAAGAAGAGAGUCACAGUCCUAUUUCAGAGCCAUUUCAAAUUGGUUUUUUUUGCUCCCAUCUUUUCUCUCCAGAUAGCAGUAUCUCCUUCAAGACAAGGGAAAAAUUGAGUAAAGAUGGCACUUGCAAGCACAGUGAGUACACACAAAUGUUGCUAUGUAAUCUCAUUUUUUCCUUCCCCCAACAUCAGUUUUCUACUCCCAAGAGCCAGUUGUGCUGCCCCACCAUAGCAGUGUUACAAAACUUUCUUCCCCAUGUCUUUUUGAGUCUGGAUUUUUUAUGUAUUUGAAUCUUCUCUUGGGCGUGGGUGCAUUUCAAGCCAUCUGAAACCCACUUUUUUUUUUUUUUUUUUUUGCUGAUGGCUUUUCCCAACUAAAAUGUGUGAUGCUGGGGAUCUUAAGCUACAUCUGGUGAAUUUAUGCUCUCGUGGGCCACCUCAAUGUGAAUUUACCCAGUGUCCCACCACAGGUUCCCCACCCUGGCAAGACCAGCCUGGAUUACUACAGGAAUGACAGCGCAGGGCUGUCUGUCAUUGGGAACCCCGCCAACGACACAGAGCUCAUGUGUGACAGGAGGCAGGUCUGGCAGUUUGCUCGAACCUUCUUGCCCGUGUUUUUCUGGCUCAUCUUCUUUGUGGGCACCGUAGGAAAUGCCUUGGUUGUCCUCAUCUACUGCAAAUACCGCUUCAGGAGGAGCAUGAUGGACCGCUACCUGCUGCACUUGGCUGUUGCAGAUCUGCUCCUCCUUUUCACCCUCCCUUUCUGGGCCACGGCUGCCUCCAGUGGAUGGAUCUUCAGAAAUUUCAUGUGCAAAGUCGUCAAUAGCAUGUAUAAAAUCAACUUCUACAGCUGCAUCUUGUUUCUAACGUGCAUCAGUUUUGACAGGUACAUCACCAUUGUUCAAGCAACAAAAGCUAAAUCUUCCAAGCGAAGGCGGAUCCUGCGCAGCAAACUCGUGUGCUUGGCUGUCUGGCUGGCAUCUGUCAGCCUGUGCCUCCCUGAGAUAAUGUACAGCCAGAGCAAGCAGAUUGGUGCUGUGACGGUGUGCAAAAUGACAUACCCGCCCAACAUUGGCACGGCCUUCAGAGUUGCUGUCCUGGCACUGAAGAUCACUAUAGGCUUCUUCCUCCCGCUUCUGGUCAUGGUUAUUUGCUACACCCUGAUCAUCCACACCCUCCUCCAAGCCAAAAGAUGCCAAAAGCAGAAGUCAUUAAAGAUCAUCACCAUGAUCAUCACCGCCUUUCUUCUCUCUCAGUUCCCAUACAACAUUGUUUUGCUGAUCAAGACCAUCAACAUGUACACCGGGGCGGUGUACAGCUGCCAGACCAUCAACGGUCUGGACAUUGGGCUGCAGGUCACCCAGAGCAUCGCCUUCCUCCACAGCUGCCUCAACCCCUUCCUCUAUGUCUUUGCUGGGGAGCGUUUCAGGAUGGCACUGGCCAGGAUGGUGCGGAGCACUGGCCGCUGCUGGCCUGGAGGCCAGGAGCAGUGCUCCUCCUUGGGUGACAGCCAGGAGCACAGCUCCAACUGGUCCUUUGCCAUGCUGGGGCAGCGGCGGGUGAGGAACUCACUCACCCUCAGCACCCAUUUGGCCUCCUCUGUUGUUCCUGCCUCGUGCCAAGUCUUUGUGUAAGCCAGUGUCUCUUGAGGGUUAUCAAGCAUGUCCUUUUAGACAUCGUUCCUGCACCCCAAAGAUUGCCUUGGAGGAGGACUGGCCUCCUUGGUUGUGUCCAAGACUAAGCAGGGACACUGAGGGCCCUACAUGUGCUUCCUUUGUGCCCUGCCAAGCCAGACCAGACCUCGCUCACAUAGGGAAGUGAAACCUUCAACACCACGCAGCAAAAUGGAGCCAGACAUAUUGUGAGCCAAGCUGACAAAGGAUAAGAGCUAUCUCUGAGGCAGCUCUUAGAAUCCAUCCAUUGCUCAAAACACAGCCCAAAUAGCAAGCCUCUCAGAAAAGCCAUGAGCAUCAUGCAAGGAUGAACCACACUUCCAUCCACAGGAAUCGGUGAGAAGGAGCUGGGCCCUCGCUGCAGGACGGCUCCAUGAUAACUCAAUUUUUGGCCAUUGCCUGGUUUCAGAAAGUGAAGGUUGCUCCCUGCACAAAUGGACACAAUGCUGCUUUGUGGGACAGUCAAAGGAAAGCUAAUAUUCUGUACUCACUACAGAAUUAAAUCCUUCUCUUGUAUUUUAGCUCUUUGAUGUAGGGUGAGAGCAGGUGCAAUGCAUUUGCUGCAGUUUGUAUUUCUCUGCAUUGACAAGCCACAGCUUGCAGUAAGAAUUCAAGGCCACUGGAUGCUCUGAGUUUUCUGUCCCUGAGCACUUAAACCCCAAACCGACGAUUCAGCAAACCAUCAAUUAUGGUACCUUUGCAAAGACAACAAAAGACGUUUAACCCAGAACUGAUGAGACAGAGAGUUGUAAGAUCUCAAACCUAUCAUUAGCAACAUUUUGGUUGAGAUGGUCCUCCUGGGACUGGUGGGGUACAAGGUGCAUGUAGGUAGGAGCUGCAGCAAACCUACCAGUUUCUUGGGAACUGCAGAUGGGCCAACAUUGGCACCAUAAGGACACAGGAGGUCUGCGGCACCAAGGCUCCCAGUAGUGCCAAUUCCUACCCCAGGCACCCCCAAGCUUAUGGUGCUUGUUUUAGUGCUCAGGAGGCUUUCUUGUAAAUAAAGAUUAAUAAUCUGCUUUAGCGUUAGGUGACUAUCAAUCAUUAAAGCAUGUGAGUAAGCACCAGCUUUCUGCAAGGCUUUCCUAACUAACACAGUAAAUCUGGGUAGAUGGGGUCAUACUUUGACAUACAUUUUUUGAGGGUUUUUUAUUGUUCUUCAUUUUUUCCUUAGAGAAAUAAAUGCUGAAAGAGACGUGAAUUUUUUUUCUAAAUGUGUAAAGGUGGUAUUUGUGAUUUGUGUGGAGCUCAAUUUGAGCAGAAGCUGAAAUUCCCUUCAAUAAAGCACUGUCACGUACACAUCCACUGUGGGGAUGGACUGGUAGUGUCUUUGCCUACAAGCCCACUCCAUCUUUGCAUCUGUACACCCAACCUGUUUCCUCCCGUGUCUGAGGAGAAGCAAAUAGACUCCCUGUGUUUGCAAUUCCCAGUAACUGACAGCAGACACAACAUGCACUGAAGUACUCCCAAAUGGGGAGCAAUGACAUAGGGAAAUCCAUGCUCCUGCCCAGGGACUGCCCCAGGAGAGCUGCUCUGCCCUGGGAGGUCUGCACACAGGGUGAGUGCUGAAGACAGCAGGUCCCUGAGUUGUCCCCCCCAGAUGUCACAGGGAGUGACACACAAACCACCUCAGCUUCAAAUACACACAGCAGAACUAAAAAAUCCCCUUCCAAUCUUCCACGUGCAGGGAAAAGUGUGGAAAUGAGGGCCUGGAAAAUGACCCCUCUCUGCUCCAGUACUGCUCUCUCUCUAUAGCGUUAAUUCAAACAAAGGACUUACCCUGCUCCCGAAAUGCUGUCCUCCUUAGAAACAGCUGUGCAAGCUUCAGCCAUGGAAUUCCUGGUGGCUGUGAGCAGCAGGCAGCAAUGAGGGACGCCCGUGUUUCAGCACACAGGUGAGCGCUGUGCCCUCACUCAGCAGAAGCGCAGUGGGAAAUUCUCAUGCGGGGCCGGCGAGUGAAACUGCUGAGGCUGGCGACACGGAGCUGAACUUUCAGCAGGUCAGGGCACCGGGUCGUCCCCCGGUCACGACGUCCCGCUCUGAGUCAGGCAGCGCCUGCAGUGCGCGCUCCCAGCGGGGCUCAGCGCGGAGGUGCUGCUCCUCAGGGGCCUCCUUGCUGUCUGUGUGUCCCAUCGCAUUUUGGAGUGUGGCCCCAUCCUCGCCUUUUCACCUCUCAGUACCUGUUAAGCGUUACAGUCCAGAGGCCUCCAGCCGAGGACGAGGCACUCCAAAUACCAGAGAGCAGAGCAGCACUGCCAGCUGCUCCUGGGGCCCUGUGAGUCAGCCAGCCGGGUUUUGCCUCAGUCACCCACAGAAAAUGAGGUCUUGGCGAAAUGACAGGAAGCUUCCGAGAGCCUCAAGUAGGCCAGGAGCCCGCUGCCUCGUUCCUAGAUUCCUCAACCAUGCAAAGCCGUGCCAUAGUGGGGACUGCCGCCAGUAGCACUGAACUGUCAUUAAUUCCGUAUCUCAAAGGUCCCAGAGGUGGCCAUGACUAUCAGGCUGUCACGUAGCAUCGCAGCAGCCUGUCUGCGGUGUGAGGAGAGGAAGCGACAUGAGAGCUGAGGAGGAAAUGCCACUUCCUGCAGAAAAACCUGUUCAACCGACAGCAUCUCCCACCUCAAACACAGCCGGGGGGUACAGGAAUGCCUCUUCCAGGGAGCAGAGCAACUAUGGGACAGUAAGGAUCGCCAUGGCUGCUGCAAACAUCACUUGAAGUCACAUAACACAGUGUGGUUGUAUUCAUCCUGAAACCUGAACUACUGAUGUGAGCUUGAUACACUUAAAGUCACAA